GACAUAGACCGCCUACUACUGUAUUCAAAUGGCGACACACACGGGAUCGCGCUUUGUUUACUGGCUCUUUCGGACGCGCGCCCCGAAAUGAACCUCCUUCAUAGAUCUGUGCCCUCCUUUUCCGCGUGCAUCCCGGUCCAAGGGGAGUCCUAGCCUAGGUGGUCAGCGCAGCCUUAAAGCGAACGGGCGCGCCCUUCCAACUGUCAUUCAGUCGGAAGACCGGACACAGUGAAGGAGUGCUGCUGUGCGGUUCAUUCAUCCCUCUCACGGGUUAAUAUAGAUAGAUAGAUAGAUAGCUAGCUAGCUACCCCCCGUCGCUGUUGUUUCCCCCCCUGUUAAACAGUUAGUCAACUAGACCAAUCAUGUACCGGUACUUCGGGGAGCUGUUAUCCCGCGGGGCGGGCAGUGCCCUGGCCUCGGGCUGCGUGGACUCUGCUCUCCCAGCAUCGGCCGCUCUGAUGCGGGUCCGACAGUAUAGUGAACAGCCCGAUGACCCCAACUUCUUUCGCAUGGUGGAGGGUUUCUUCGACCGCGGAGCCGCCAUCGUUCAGGACAAGCUUGUGGAGGACCUAAAGAGCAAGGAGACCCCCGAGCAGAAGAUGAAACGAGUGAAGGGGAUUCUCCGCAUCAUCAAGCCCUGCAACCACGUCCUCAGCGUCUCUUUCCCCAUCAAGAGGGACAACGGAGAGUGGGAGGUAGUGGAGGGAUACCGCGCCCAGCACAGCCAGCACAGGACGCCCUGCAAGGGGGGUAAGAUUUACUGCCAAGCGCCGCUUUCUGGUUAUCAACUGUCCUUCGAGUGGUUGUGCGGUUGCUAAACUAACUAGCUAGCUAGGUAGCUAAUUUGGCAAUCCCAUUAAUCAUCUGUGAGAGAACAGCUGCACUGACUCUGUUUAGCUAACGUUAGCUAGCAAGGUUGCAUUAUCUGCUCCACUCGCUAGCUAGUUACUAUAUAGAUAGCUAGCUACGACUCCUAACUAAAUAAGUAGGGUGUUAGGGGUCAAAAUGAAACUGUGGUUCUCUGUUAUACGUUGCAUUCCAAAUUAUAGGGAGGCUUCUCAGGAACACAGAACGCUUUAUUUCAUGAGGAUAAGACAUACCAUUGCUGAGAUAUCUUAUUUUCAAGUGAUCGAAAAAGGUCGCAACAUGUCAAUGUACUGUAAUCCGUUGUCAAUAACGCACCAAAUCACCUGUCUGGAUUCUUAAAUUCGACACCUUUUGUCCAAUAACUCAAGAUAUCUCAAGAUAGGAUGGUCAUAUUGUUAUGACUGUAAGUCGCUCUGGAUAAGAGCGUCUGCUAAAUGACUAAAAUGUAAAUGUAAAUGUAAAUGACAUUUUCACGGUUCACAGAGAUGUAUAAUUAUUCUAUGCAAAUGAGGCACUUCAUAUGCAGAUUAGGCAGUAUGGAAUACAUAAUUUCAGUACUUUAAGCCCAAUAAUAUAAAGUAGGGUGGUCAUAUUAUUAACAAAUAUUCAUGCAGAACUGAGAGGUUGUAACAAUUUUUGAUAUUAGAAUACUGUUUUAUGCAAAUGUGAUUGUUUUAUGCAAAUUCGAUAAUGUAUAUGCUAAUUAGUCUGAACAGCAAGUUCAUUUAAAAUAAAGUGGUCAUAUGGUUUACACACACACACACACACCCCAGGGGUGUUAACAGAGUACAUAUAAUUGGGAUUACAUAAUCAUGAACAAAAAGAUGGGUUACUAUUUACCAUUAGUAACUGUUACUGUAUAUAUAUAUAUAUCACAAUUAUGUAGGCCUAGAGGGACAAAUAAUACGCCCAACCCUGUGCCUGUGCCACCUGCAUACACACCACACACACACACACACACACCACAUCACGCAUAGCCUAACACGGACAAACAUUUCCCAUUUAACCUUUUACUGCAGUGGGUUAAAUCAGGGUCACACAGAGGGAUUCUUGGUAGUCUUAAACAAAAGUAUACACCUCACACACAUGGUUAUGGGCUUAUAAAAAAGAAGACACCUGUACCAUGUCAGAUAUAGAGUUGAAAUGUAUUCAAUUUUGAGUUUGCGUCCCAAUAUUACACUUUAUAUACACCGCAGAAGACUGAAAUAUAUGAAAACUGUUUGACAUAGAAACACCGGAUUUUCGUCAGUAUUUUUUUUUAAACAUCUUUAUUAAUUAUGAAAUGAUGAAAAAUAUUAAUAACAUUCCACCCAUGAGGCCAAAGAGGGCACUUUUAGUCAUUAACUGCAGGGAAGGGCUAUGUCUGGACUGUAACACAGAAGGCUACUAGUUUAAUAACAUGGCUUACCUCUAAGGUAGGCCUACAUCUGAGUAGGGUUACAUUGUAAUAUUAUUUUUGGUGUUGAUGAGUUACUCUGGUAUGGGAGGAUAAACUGCACCAUUUCCAGCAAAUAAUUAACCUAGGCUCAGAAAAACGUUAUAUUUCAGUCCAAGGACGUCUCAUGACUGUAAAACACCCUCAGGAUGACAGUAAAACACCGCUAUGCUAAUAGCAUAGCCCCCGAUCAGCUUUUUAAAAUCCAUCGGAUAUUGACUGAAUUAUAGCGCAUAAAACAUUUUAGUGGCAUGAACAAUAAAUAAAUGGAGUUCAGAGAUUUUGUUGGGAAUUCAGGUUUUACAUUUAUUGUAAAGUUUCAACAAAAGCAACAGGCACAAGCAAGAGUAUGAAAGAGUCGCAGGACUAAAAUGAAAGCAAUCAAGCAAGCGAGAUUUAAGUGACAGUGGAUUUUGCACCCCUCAAACACAAGAAAUAGAUAGCUGAAAAAGGCAGAUCCUCAGGUGGGCGGGGCAUGCACGUUGCUAAGGUACAUUUUAAAUGUUUACAUUUUAGUCAUUUAGCAGACGCUCUUAUCCAGAGCGAUUUACAGUUAGUGAGUGCAUACAUAACAUUUUUUUUUAAAUGUCAUACUGGCCCCCCAUGGGAAUCAAACCCACAACCCUGGCGUUGCAAACGCCAUGCUCUACCAACUGAGCUACACGGGACUGCCAAAAUAAAAUAAACACUUAAAUGAGGGAUACAAAGUAUAUUGAAAGCAGGUGCUUCCACACAGGUGUGGUUUCUGAGUUAUUUAAGCAAUUAACAUCCCAUCAUGCUUAGGGUCAUGUAUAAAAAAGCCCAGUUGCCCAUUGUUUUGGCUACCAUGGCUGGCUACCAUGGCUGGCUGGGAUCUCAACCCAAUUGAAUACUUAUGGGAGAUUCUGAAGCGGCACCUGAGACGGUGUUUUCCACCUCCAUCAACAAAUGAUAAAAUUACUUGUGGAAGAAUGGUCUCGCAUCCUUCCAAUAGAGUUCCAGACACUUAUAAUCUAUGCCAUUGUGCAUUGAAGCUGUUCUGGCGGCUUGUGGUGGCCCAACGCCCUAUUAAGACACUUUAUGUUGGUGGUAGCCUACCUGUAGCGCUGAUCAAUGCACACUCCCAGUAACUACAAGCUAGAUACAAACAUUGAUACUGACUGUUGUUGGCUAGCCAGCUCUGUCAUAGUCCAUGUGUAGGUACUAGUAGACAGUUGGCUUUAACCAAUGAUUGGCUAAUACAUAUCAUUGGCUACUAUAACGCAGGUGUUACACUGUAUUGAGUGCGGUGUGUGUGUAAUUAGUGGGAGAAUGUGCCAUUUGUACGGACACCAGGUGCCAUUUCACUGGGCAAGGGGUAGGGUAGGGUAGGGUAGGGUCGCAGGGUGUGGGGAGGAGGGGUUAGGGGGUGGGGCCGCAGGGUGUGAGGAGGAAGGGUUAGGGGGUGGGGUAGGGUUGCAGGGUGUGAGGAGGAGGGGUUAGGGGAUAGGGUAGGGUUGCAGGGUGUGAGGAGGAGGGGUUAGGGGAUGGGGUAGGGUUUGCAGGGUGUGAGGAGGAGGGGUUAGGGGAUAGGGUAGGGUUGCAGGGUGUGAGGAGGAGGGGUUAGGGGGUGGGGUAGGGUUGCAGGGUGUGAGGAGGAGGGGUUAGGGGGUGGGGUAGGGUUGCAGGGUGUGAGGAGGAGGGGUUAGGGGAUAGGGUAGGGUUGCAGGGUGUGAGGAGGAGGGGUUAGGGGGUGGGGCCGCAGGGUGUGAGGAGGAAGGGUUAGGGGAUAGGGUGUGGGGAGGAGGGGUUAGGGGGUGGGGCCGCAGGGUGUGAGGAGGAGGGGUUAGGGGAUAGGGUAGGGUUGCAGGGUGUGAGGAGGAGGGGUUAGGGGGUGGGGCCGCAGGGUGCGUCUGUUUUAGGAGGGGGUUAUGUGGUUCGAGGUUCAUGUCAAGGUUCAAGGCUUGUGCAGCUCUGUAGUUUUUUUUGUUGGGUGAGGAUCAGGAUGUGACAUAUUUCCAGUUAGGGGGGAGCGAGAGAGGGAGGAUCAGUUGUUUGUGGAGGGGAAGGGGUGGUAAUGUACCCAGGCGUUCCCAUUCGUCAGCAUUUUGACAGGAGGAGGGAGGAGUGUUCACUAAGCGUAGCUUACUUUAUUCAGCUCAUCCAGUGAGUUGUUUUCUUGCUGAACCAACUGGUCCUACAGUGCAAAGUCUCACCAACUACCCAUUGUGCCAGGCAAGCUGAAUCAAGUGCACGUACUGACAGACAGACAGACAGAGACUAGAUUUGGACAUUGGUUGUGUGUUAAUACUUUGUAGACUUUCUGAUUGGUGUGGUGUAUAGAUGUAUAAUGAUGGCAAUCACUUUCACAUGAGGAGGUCAGAGGCCGUCACACGCCACCAGAGCAGAUGCUUCCCUCAAACCCAUUUUAGAGAAGUGAUCAAAUCCCUCUUUUCACUUGCUGCAGCUUAGUCAGACUUUCCAUCCCCCCCUUCUCUGACUUCAGCUAUACUUCUCACGGUUUCCAUCCCCCCCUUUCUGUGUGAUCCAGCCGUAUUGCCAUCCUGUCAGCGUAGGCUAUGUAACAGAGCUUGCCCGUGACCUGAAGACUUGCGUUAUCUCCCUGUCUGUGUAGACAAAGCACAAAGGCUGUUGCUGCUACGACAGACAGACAGACAGACCCACACUGCUCUAUAUAGAAUACCUGGUUCUACUACAAUACUGCAGAACCUCACGUUCUCUAGCUGGAACACCGUAGAACUGGGUGUGUGCAGGCGUGACUCAGUGUUAGGGAGUGUCAGGAAGUGUCUCACUCUCAAAGAAUGUUUAGUCUGCUACAUUUCCAACAUGUCCUUCCCAAGCAGAAGAGGAAGCCUGUGGUGCAGUCUGAAAUCAGUUAAAGUGGGGGGGUUUUUCCACUGUGUGACUAACAACCCGCUAUGGGCUCCCUCGACAUUAAUGGAAGGCUCUGUGUGCUCUUGGGCAAUUGGGUUUGCUUUUGUGAAUGUUUGUUCAUCCAUUUUUUUGUGUGUAUUCAUAACUUACACUCCUGUUUGUUUCUUUUGUGUGUCUGCUAGCCAACCCAGAGACUAAUUUCAUUGGAAUGUUUCAAAACAUGUUUUUUUCCCUCUGCUGCGGUAGUAGGGGAUGGAGGAGGAGGAGGAAGCAAAGAGGAAGAGAAUCAAAGGGGGAGGGGUUAAUGAUAGAAAGGGGAGGGGUAUAAGGAAUCUAUUUUUGUUCAGUGAAUGAAUUAGCCUUCAGAUGUAGGAUCUUAAUUUGAUCACCCUGUUGCAGGAUAACUUUCCUGCAAUACAGGACAUGUAAAACUUGUGGUGUAUUUUAGGUUUAAAAAGGCUUCUGAAGUUUGUAAUAUCCACUUUGAAAUUUCAGACUUGAUUUUCCCUUAAGAAAAACCUGUCAACCCCUACAAAAAUGUACAUGAAUUAUAAUCCACAUACUAAUUCACAUUCCCUGUUGCUGCAGGAUAAUUUUCCUGCUGUAGCAAAGUAAACUGGCCUUAAAUGAAGGUCCCACAUCUGUAGCUCAGUCAGUCCUGUGUCUAUAGUUCAAAGGAGGGUCUACAUUGUCAAGGCCUUCGAGCAGCUGUAGCUUCUCACGGCUGUCUCUAAAGGUCAUGUUUAGAAGGCGUGGAACAGGGAAAUGUUUUUGCUCAUGUGUGCCCUCCUCUCCUGAACACAAUCCUGCUAACGCAGCAGGGGCUAGCGGCUAGCUAGGGGCUGUUUCUGGACUGGGCCUCAGUACACGCCGUGGCGCUUUGAGAUGAUGUCACACACUCGCACGCAUGCAUGCACACCCUCUCUCCGUCCUCUAAAGUGCUGCAGUCUCCUGUCAGUGCUCGGUGCCCUUGGCUCUCUGUAGGCGUCAGUCACAGCGACAUGGCCCAAUAUAGCCCAAAGUUAUUACACACACUCUGUUUCCCUGCGCUGCUGGUGUAGAGGAGCCACCUGCUCCAGGGGAGCCUCCACCAACACAGUGUAACCCCCAGAUAUUGUACCUGUGGUGGGCACAGAGUAGACUCAAAGCCUGUCUUCCUGUCAACUUUAGUGUGUGUGUGUGUGUGUGGUAUUGUUGGGCUAUGUGUGUUAACUCCCUUUGUGUCUGUCUGUGUGCAGGUAUCCGUUACAGUGAAGAGGUGUCUGUUGAUGAGGUGAAGGCUCUGGCCUCUCUGAUGACGUACAAGUGUGCCGUGGUCGGUAAGUCCGUCUCCUCUCCUCUCCGCACACAUCUCAUUCAUUCAAUGCACCUGAAAUCAUGCAAACAUACACACUGAUCUGAGAGAUUUUUAUUAGCAUUUUCAGAGAGCUGUUGUCAAAUCAAUGAAGUCUGUGUGUGUGUGUGUUUAAGCCCCAGUUUGUAAGCUGUUCUUUCUAUCCAGAUGUACCAUUCGGGGGGGCUAAAGCUGGUGUCAAGAUCAACGUCAAAAAUUACUCUGUAAGUCCGUCACACACACACACACACACACACACACACACACACACACACACACACACACACAGACACACACACAGACAUGCACACAGACAUGCACACAGACACGCACACACAUACCCACACACCAUGGUAGGCGUUUAUUGUGGGAACGCUCUGAUGCACAGGAAGCAUAUCUUACUCUCUGUCACAUCAAUGAUCUAUUCCAGUGACCCCCUUGCAGACCCACAUGCAGACACACACUGGCUGAUUUUUUUUUUCUAUGCUCGACGGAAAGGACAGAGGUUCAGUCUCAUCCUUUCAGCUUUUCCUAUUUUCUCCUGCUGUCAACACAGAAACUCACCACAGAACAACAGACAGACACUUUAUUCCUAUCCUGUAGCGUUAGGGCUGAUUGCUACAGCCUUAUCUGUUUAUCUGUCACAACAUUAAUAUUACAUUAUGUCAUAGAUAGAAAAUGUAGGUGCGUGUGUGUGUGUGUGUGUGUGUGUGGGUGUGUGUGUGUGUGUGUGUGGUGGGGACACUCGUAUGCCCUUCAGGGCUGAGUGGAGCUGAAAUGCUUAGCUGUUAGCUGGCAGACACACAGGAAACCUUUAUCCCACCCCACCUCUCUCUCCUUAGCUGUUAGCUGGCAGACACACAGGAAACCUUUCUCCCACCCCACCUCUCUCUCCUUAGCUGUUAGCUGGCAGACACACAGGAAACCUUUCUCCCACCCCACCUCUCUCUCCUUAGCUGUUAGCUGGCAGACACACAGGAAACCUUUCUCCCACCUCACCUCUCUCUCCUUAGCUGUUAGCUGGCAGACACACAGGAAACCUUUCUCCUACCCCACCUCUCUCUCCUUAGCUGUUAGCUGGCAGACACACAGGAAACCUUUCUCCCACCCCACCUCUCUCUCCUUAGCUGUUAGCUGGCAGACACACAGGAAACCUUUCUCCCACCUCACCUCUCUCUGCUUAGCUGUUAGCUGGCAGACACACAGGAAACCUUUCUCCCACCCCACCUUUCUCUCCUUAGCUGUUAGCUGGCAGACACACAGGAAACCUUUCUCCCCCCCCACCUCUCUCUCCUCAUGCACAUUGUGAACAAUCAUUUAUCUUUAUCUGUCUCUCUCUCUUUCUCUCUCUCUGUCUCUCUCUCCAGGACAAUGAAUUGGAGAAGAUUACUAGGAGGUUCACCAUUGAGCUGGCCAAGAAAGGCUUUAUUGGUAAGUGUGUCCUUCAUGUAGCCAGUUGUCCCCUAUGAUCCUGAAUGCUAAUGACGAUGUGUUAACUCAAAACACAUAGAAGACAGGAUUUACCCCAGUGAUUUACCGCAGUGUUUUACCCCAGUGAUUUACCGCAGUGUUUUACCCCAGUGUUGUACCCAAAAGUCUCACACUUUUCUGAGCCUUUUGUCUCACUGGGCUGUGGCUCCGACGGUCCUGCUCUGAAUCGGGGCCAAAGCCAGGCCACUGGUACUUUUCAGCUUUCGUUUACAUAAGAAUGGCCAACUGUGAACUUUAACACCUUCUCACAAAGCAACUGUUUUGAUUCUGCAGAGGUUGUUGAUUCUGCUCUUCACAAGUCCUCAGUGUCAGCCAUCAUAGUGUAUGCACUAUUAUAGACUGGGUGGUUCGAGCCCUGAAUGCUGAUUGGCUGACAGCCCUGGUAAAUCAGUCCGUGUACCACGGGUAUGACAAAAUAUUUAUUUUUACUGCUCUAAUUACAUUGGUAACCAGUUUAUAAUAGCAAUAAGGCCCAAGGGUGUGGUAUAUGGCCAAUAUACCACGGCUAAGGGCUGUGUCCAGGCACUCCGCGUUGCGUCGUUCAUAAGAACAGCCCUUAACCGUGGUAUAUUGGCCAUAUACCACACCCUUGGGCCUUAUUGCUUAAGUGGAACACUGGUGUUGCAGUGGAAAAGCUUAUGCGUAAUAAUGGUGACGUGGAUAGUAGACCCCUCUUUCAGUCAGUCAGGUCCUCCCCAUUUCCUCACCCCUUCUCCUCCCUCCCUCUGUCCAGUUCUGUUUUUGGAUGCGUCUUCUUGGUGUUGGGGCCCAGUUAACACAUGAGAAUGUCCCUCGCUACAUACCACCCUGUUUAUACCACAGAGAGGGAGAGAGUCUGGCAUUUACACGUCUCUCUAUGCCACCAGGGUAGAGUGGGCAUUCUGAGACCUCCAGUCAGCCACUGUCUAUAUUUAGAAUGGGUAGAAGUAUAGAUAUUUAAUUGCUAAUAACUUUAUCUCAAACCUGUCUAGUGUGUGUUUGCGUGCGGGAAAGAGAGAGAAAUAAGGAUUUCUGAGCAAAAUAAUAUAUAUAUAUAUAUAUAAAAUAAUAUGUUGUUGGACAUAAGACUGAAGUCACCAGGAAAUCAGCUCAAAGUGAUUUUAAUUUAGGAAAUCUGUUCCCAAGUAUUCCCACGCAUAAAUCGAGAUGCAUAUGUGAUCGUAUUCCAAUGUAAUCAAGGUUUGUAAUGAUUCUCUUUUUGUCAAACACUAUCUGUUUGGGAUUCUUGCAGUCAAUUUGCAGUGUACAAAAUGGGUUCUUUAUAACUAUGUUCCGGCCCCCAGACUAUCCGCUCAAGGAAACAUCGGCCCACGGCUGAUCGUAAUUGGGGACCCCUGAUGUAGGGUGUGUGUAAAUGCUUCCAUUCCCCUCCUCAGGGCCAGGUAUUGAUGUUCCUGCUCCUGACAUGAGCACCGGAGAGAGAGAGAUGUCCUGGAUCGCUGACACAUACGCCAACACCAUCGCACACACCGUGAGUUACCACACAAACGCACAUACGCUGUAGUUCUGUAUUCUUGCACCCAGGGCAGUAUGGGUAUUGUAGUUCUGUAUUCUGGCACACAGGGCAGUAUGGGUAUUGUAGUUCUGUAUUCUGGCACCCAGAGCAGUAUGGGUGCUGUAGUCUGGCCUCCAGGGUAGUAUGGGUACUGCAGUUUUGUUGGCUGGCCCCCAGAGCAAUAUGGGUACUGUAGUUCAGUACUCUGGGCAGUAUGGGUACUGUAGUUCUGUAGUCUGGCCCCAGAGCGGUAUGUGUCCUCAACUGAUCUCAUAACUAUGCUGAAGAGGCUCUAUCUCACAGUCUGACAAACUGCCAAAAGAUCUAAUGCAAUUAAACAUACACUCUAACGUAUCUGUGUGUCUGUCUGUGUGUCUGUCUGUGUGUGUGUGUGUGUGUCUCUGGGCAUGUCUCUCUCUGUGUGUGCAGGACAUCAACGCCCACGCAUGUGUGACAGGCAAGCCCAUCAGCCAGGGAGGUAUCCAUGGGCGUAUCUCGGCCACUGGUCGCGGAGUGUUCCACGGCAUUGAGAACUUCAUCAACGAGGCAUCCUACAUGAGCAUGCUGGGCCUGACCCCCGGCUUCCAGGACAAGACCUUUAUCAUCCAGGUACACACACACACGUAAACAUACACACAGCCACGCAUGCACACACACACUCUGACGUUUGCCAAAGAUUGCGUAAAAGUUUUUUACGCUGAUCUGGUCAACAGAUUUUGAUGUGAACUUAGUUAAAUAUCUGUGGGGCUGAGUUAGUAUUCGUCUCUCUAUGAAUGUCAGUGACGUCAGAGAGACGGUGGCAGGGUUCAGCAGCAGUAUCACACCACACAUAUCUGGUUUACACUGGUUUGUAGGUCCCAGUUCCCACUCUGUGCCGCGGUGUGUGAGACAGACUAAAGGUCAACGUGCCGCUUUCUGCAGGACUCUCAGUUCCCUCUGACACACGAGACUUCCUUUACACACACACACACACACACACACACACACACACACACACACACACACACACACACACACACACACACACAAACACAAACACAAACACAAACACAAACACAAACAAACCAACCAACAAACACAGAGAUGCCCUCAGCCUCCUUCCUAGAAGCCUGUCUAUAGUUAUCACCCUUUCUCUAUAGUGAAUAGUGUUGUCACGAUACCAGAAUUUUGACUUUGAUACCGAUACCAGGUUUAGUAUCACGAUACUCCAAACAAUCACGAAACUUGAUACCAAAACGAUACCACAACAACAACAAAGAAGACUUAUUAGCCAAAGUCACAGAAUGGCACUUGAUCCAGACAGAUAAACUCAGCUACUGCUCUGUUCAGUUGUUGGGCAUCUUUCAAUAUCAUUACAUUUGAACAUUUCUGUCAUUUCUUUAGAGACAGUAGUAUGUAUGCAUUAAUGAAUCAAUUAUAUAAUCAUACAAUCAUUUUGACUUAGUUUUUUACCAAUCUUAACUACAAAACAACAUAAUGGCGAACAUUUAUUUUAAUGGUAAAUCUCUAUUGAUACACUGGGUAAAUCAAGAUGUAGGAUAGGUUUAUUCACAAUACAGGUGAAUGCAUAUUAUUGAAUAGGAGUGUGUGCAUGCAUUGAGUUAUUGAGCUUGUUUUAGCUGACUUCAUGGGGCUACAGAGAAAUAGACCAUUGCCAUAUAUGGAUCACUUUGAACUGGACUGUGUUUACAGCAUGAGGGUCGUGAGUAGACAAGCUUGUUUUGAGAUCAACGGGAGAGCUGCAUGUAGCCACGUGUGCACAUUUUGUUCAUAUCCUUUGCUAGUUAGUGAGUUAUUAGCCCAGUUAUAGAUCAUUUGUAGUCAACAAAGGGGGAGUGAUUGCUUCCUACAAGAGCACAAAACGUGUACAUUUCUAGACAUCUUUCAAAAGCGAGUCGGGUAAAGAGCUUUUUUUUGUCUUAAAGGGGUGAUGUUAUAUUUUGGGACAGUCUUAAAUAAGCUAAGUAGCCAAUAGGCAGAGGGUGUCAUAAUUUGUCUGAUUCUCUGUAAUAAUGGUAUGGGAAUAAUAAUACAUUUUAUUUUGUUAAGUGGUUUGUUAAGUGGUUUCUCAGCUGGUAGAGCACGGUGCUUGUAACGCCAGGGUAGUGGGUUCGAUCCCCAGGACCACCCAUACACAACAAUGUAUGCACGCAUGACUGUAAGUCGCUUUGGAUAAAAGCGUCUGCUAAAUGACAUAUUAAUUAAUAUUAUUAUUAUUAAUUAAUUAAUUAAUUAAUUAAUUAAUUAACAACAUUUUCAGUUACCUCCUUGUCUGAAGGACAAGUGGAUAAACAGGUUAAUGUCAAUCCCUGCAUGUUUUUUUUUCAAAAGUCUCAUGGAUUGUAGGCCUACAUUGAACACCACACAUUGGCUGCAACUGUAGGCUGAAUUAUGAACAGCUAUUUCCAUGUUAAAAUGUUAUGGCAUGCAUUUUCUCCAUUGUUUUUAAUGGUAGGCCACUCUGGUAGGCCUACAUUAUGAUCAAAUAGCCACAGUAGCCUACUUGACCACUGUCUUAAACUGUAACUUAAAGCUGGCACAUCGUCAGUGUUCGGCUCAGUGCCUAAUUCUUUUUGGGGAAACAUUGAUGGGCACGGUUAAUCGAAUAUUUGAAUAUCCGAACGGACGUUAGUAUUCGAUGACUAGCGAGUAUUCCAUUUUGAGAAAGAAAAACAUCUCACCUUGGUGUCUGACAGACAGACUGACUAAACAGAGACAGACAGUGUGCGUGUGUGUGUGGCUGGAUUAUGUAGUUGUGUAAUUAGAUUUUCUUGGAGAUUUAGCGAAUGCACGGAUGUGUGAUGACAUCGUGUAGCUAGCAGAGGAGAGGAGAGGAGAGGAGAGGAGAGGAGAGGAGAGGAGAGGAGAGGAGAGGAGAGGAGAGGAGAGGAGAGGAGAGGAGAGGAGAGGAGGAGAGGAGAGGAGAGGGUAAUGGACUGUCAACCAUCUAUUGCUAAGGGCCUAUUGCAGCAUUAUAUGUGUCAAUACUCAUUAUAGUUAAAGGUAUAUUUCACAGCUGUACCAGAUUGGAUAAUAUUUUAUACUACCUGGUUGGUUUCAAUCCUCUCUGUCUGUCUGCUGAUUUGCUGUCUCAGUUUAUUAGCUAGUUAUCAGUGGGUCUGAGGCUACUGCAGUGACAUAGGUGGGCCACAUGGGGGUGCCAGGGUCCCAGUGUAUUGUCUUUAGUGAACUCUGUAGCGGAGCUGAUGAUAAUGGUGUGUGAUGAAGAUGAUGAUAAUAAUGCUCUCUGUCUCCCUCUCUCUCUGUGUCUCUCUCGCUCUCUCUGUCUCUCUCUCUCUCUGUCUCUCUCUCUCUCUCUCUCUGUCUCUCUCGCUCUCUCUGUCUCGCUCUCUCUGUCUCUCUGUCUCUCUCGCUCUCUCUGUCUCUCUCUCUCGCUCUCUCUCUCUCUCUGUCUCUCUGUCUCUCUCUCUCUCUCUCUGUCUCUGUCUCUCUCUCCAUUUCUCAAUUUCUCUCUCUCAGGGCUUUGGUAAUGUGGGUCUCCACUCCAUGCGGUACCUCCACAGGUACGGUGCUAAGUGUGUGGGCAUCGCUGAGUAUGACGGCAGCAUCUACAACCCAGAGGGUAUCGACCCCAAGCAGCUGGAGGACUACAAACUGGUUAGAAUACUCUCUUUUUCUCCUUUUGAACUCUGUCUCACUUCUCUCUCGCUCUCUCUCUGAAUAUGAGCUAGCUGGCCAAGAAAGGCUUCCUCUGUCUCUCGCAUUGUACUAACCUGUGUGUGUGUGUGUGUGUGAGUGCAGCAACACGGUACGAUCGUAGGUUUCCCCGGGGCUAAGCCGUACGAGGGCAGCCUCCUGGAAGCUCCGUGUCACAUCCUGAUCCCUGCCGCCAGCGAGAAGCAGCUCACACGAAACAACGCCCACAGGAUCAAGGCCAAGGUACUUCAUUACCCACAAUGCCAUGUUUCCCUCUAAAGGAUGCCAUGGCCGAGUUCGAGAGAAUCAAAACUGCAAUGUAUCAUGGGUAAAUUGUGACUGACUGACUGAUCUACAAAUAAAACGAGUCGUUAUAUAUGAUGGAAGGUGAUUUGUAGAUCAGUCAGUCGAACACGACCCAUGUUUUCUUCUAUACUACCCACAACCCCUCCAUCUAAACUCCUCUACCCACAUUCCCCUGCUCUAACCAAUGUUGUUGUUGUUGUUUAUUGUUGUUGUUUGUUCCAGAUCAUUGCUGAGGGAGCCAACGGCCCCACCACCCCCGAUGCUGACAAGAUCUUCCUUGAGAACAACGUCAUGGUCAUCCCUGUAAGAAGAGCCACACACACACACACACACACUUGCAUGUUAAGGCAGUCAUACGCACAUUCACAGUAUCUACCCAGCAAACAUGGCCCAUGUGGGUAUUUGGCGGGCAAGGUGGGCACAGGCUAGCCCACACCAGCUCAACACAGGCUAGCCCACACCAAGCCCACACCAGCCCAACACAGGCUAGCCCACACCAGCUCAACACAGGCUAGCCCACACCAGCUCAACACAGGCUAGCUCAACACAGGCUAGCCCACACCAGCUCAACACAGGCUAGCUCAACACAGGCUAGGCCACACCAGCUCAACUCAGGCUAGCCCACACCAAGCCCUCACCAAGCCCACACCAGCUCAACACAGGCUAGCCCACACCAGCUCAACACAGGCAAGCCCACACCAAGCCCACACCAAGCCCACACCAGCUCAACACAGGCUAGCCCACACCAAGCCCACACCAGCUCAACACAGGCAAGCCCACACCAAGCCCACACCAAGCCCACACCAGCUCAACACAGGCAAGCCCACACCAAGCCCACACCAAGCCCACACCAGCCCAACACAGGCUAGCUCACAGCAAUCCCACACAAAGCCCACACCAGCUCAACACAGGCUAGCCCACAGCAAUCCCACACAAAGCCCAGCUAGAGGCGGGAGCUCAUUCUAAUAUUUGGGGAUGUGGUUUGCACACAGUUCUUUUUGUGCAACCGUUACUGAGAAUGUUGUUCUAGUUUAAGUGUUCUGUUGUGUGAUGGCCAAAUUAUUCUUGAUCUUGUACACUGCCGAUGAUGAAGUCUUUAAAAAGACUUAAAUAAGUUUAUUUUGUCAAACUAUAUGUAUGAUAGUAACAACUUGGUUGUCUCUCUGAUAUGUAACACGUUCCCUAAAUAUAUUUUAAGGCUUGAAAGGUAUGCAAUUAAAUAAAUUCCUAUUAAAUAGCAAAGGUGGAUCGGCCCAAUGUGGACCCUACAUGGGUCCAAUGUUUUAACCCGCAUUGGGCCCACAUCAUGCCAAUGUGAUCAUGUUUGCUGGGAAAAAAUGGUCUUAUUUCAGGCUAGGUGAGGGCUGCCCACACUGUGUGUGUGUCUGUGUGGGCAUGUUUGCUGGGUUGAGUUCUCUCAUUAACCAAUCAAAAAGUGGAGGACAUACUCAACCAUCUGACCCUUCUCUCUCUUUUUGUCCCUCCCUCAGGACAUGUACCUGAACGCUGGUGGUGUGACAGUGUCAUACUUUGAGUGGCUGAAGAACUUGAACCACGUCAGCUAUGGGAGACUCACCUUCAAAUACGAGAGAGAUUCCAACUACCACCUCCUCAGUAAAUCCUGAUUCCUGACCUCUAACCUUUCACAGUCUCCCCUUAUAAUACCUUGCUUCAGUAGCUUACCUUCAAGUACUCUCUUUCUCUCAGUGUCCGUUCAGGAGAGUUUGGAGAGGAAGUUUGGAAAGCAGGGAGGACCAAUCCCUGUUGUCCCAACUGCUGACUUCCAGGCCAGAGUCGCUGUGAGUGGACACACACACACACACACACACACACACACACACACACACACACAGUCAACCAUAUGCAUACAGGGGGUUGGGGAAUAUCUAUACACAUGUAAACCUACGUGGUGGGUGAUGAUACAAACAAAGUCGUUUGUUGGUAGUUCGAUAACAUCUGUCCUCUUCUCUACAGGGUGCUUCUGAGAAGGACAUUGUCCACUCUGGGCUUGCCUACACCAUGGAGAGAUCUGCCAGGGUAAGUGUGUGUGUGUGUGUGUAGGGUAAGUGUGUGUGUGUGUGUGUGACCCGGUCUGGUGAGUCUAAUUCUUGUGUGUUUUCUCCCCCUGCAGCAAAUCAUGCGUACGGCCAGUAAGUACAACCUGGGUCUGGACCUGCGGACGGCUGCGUACGUCAACGCCAUCGAGAAGGUGUUCAAGGUCUACAACGAGGCCGGCAUCACCGUCACAUAAUCGACCUAUCACAGCCAGACCACUUCCACAACACCCUGCUAUCGGUUCAGCAUUUACAUUAGAGACCCCCGCCUCCCCUUUAUACAAACACACUGACACGUACUGUGUCCCAUGACCUCGCCAUAUUUCCAAGUAUCACGUCCGUAACGCAGUAUUUCUGUGUCGUUCUGUUUCAAUAUCGUCGUUCAGUUGUUUGUGUAUUGUGAAAGGAGCAGAUUGUAGCAGGAAGAUAGCUACGCUGAGAGAGAUUUAAGACCCCCCCCCCUUAUCAGAGUUCCCUGUUGGCCAUUUUGUCUUGUUUGACCAUGGUUUCAGACCACAGCACUGAAGUUGCCUUAGCUCUGACAGAGCUCUAUACUGAAGUUAACUUUAGAAAUAGUUUUAAACUCUAACUUUAUAUCAGGGAAUGGGGAUAUCAUGUGUUCCUCAGUUCUCCUCACAGAGGGGUUAGAGGUUAGGGCUCAGGGUUAGGGUUCUGUGCUGAGGAACACUGGGUUCUACUGGGUUUGGUUCUUAGUAAAGUUCUAUACCCUUCUCCACUAUAUCAGGCCCCCCAACAUUCCCUACCUUCUUCUCCUAUCUUGUCCAAUCUGACCCUCCCCCAAACCCUCCGCUCCACCCUGAGUGAGAGAGAGAGGAGAGGAUCAUGGGAACAAGCGUUCUCCUUCUCCAAAAAGCCGUCCAAGCCCUUGCAUGGAAAUUGUUUGGGGAAAUGUGUAUUGCCUUUGUUGUUGUUGAAAACCAAUAAAAUUCAGACAACUGUGGCUUGACUGUGAUGUGGAAGUGCAGUAUGUGACAUACAGAGACUAGUGGUGAAAGAAAGGUGUUUUAUUCAUGUUUAUGACAUCCUAUUAACGUUAUACAGAUCCCAGUGACAGUACAGAGUUGGGGUUGGUUGAUAGGAAGGAAGGGUUGGGGGACGACAACGAUCAUUUGAAAAGGUUCUUUCCGAAAGACAUGGCCUUGUCUGCAGCACUGUCCGUGGCCUUGUCUGCUACAACCCCUUUCACCGCAUCAGACACCAUGCCACCAAUACCUGGAGGAACAUCCACAACAUCAGACACCAUUUCAACAAUACUGUACAUACAAAGACAUCGGACUGCAACACACUACCAUUAUAUUUCUUACACCAGUGUCACUUUUAAGCAGGCUGCAACAUACUGAAUGUUGCCGAUAGAAAUGCAAUGAAUAGAGCUGAAGUGAUUCGUUACUCUACAAGAGGGAGAAACUGAAUUGGUUUGUAUUGUGUUGCGUAGCUUGUGUGUGAAAUGAAUUGUGUGUAGGUAGUGUGGUUGUGUGACUUAGUUUCCAUGGUAACCCAGAAUAGACAGAUCACCUUCAUCUUUCUUCUCCUCCUUUACUCCUCCUCCGAUCAUCUCUCCCACCUUCUCCUUCACCACAACAGCU